GCAACAAAAGAAGAGGAAGAACUUACUGCAGAGGAAAAGAGGAAACUGGAAAGAAAAUUAAAGAAGGAGCGCAAGAAGAAAGAAAAACAGCUGAUGAGAGAAGCUGGAAUCUCUACUAAAAAGGUGGAGCCCAAAAAGCCAUCGGGAUCUGAGCGGGCUCUGGCCUAUUUGACCAGCUGGUCUGAAAACCCAGAAGAAUGGAAGUUUCAGAAGGCAAGACAAACCUGGCUUCUUGUGCACAUGUAUGAUAAAGAGAAGGUUCCAGACAAGUAUUUCACCAUUUUACUGGAUUAUCUGCAAGGGCUUCAGGGCGGCGCGCGAGACAUAACCGUGCAGAAAGCUGAAGCUUUUAUGAAGGAGUUUGAUCGUUCCGACGGAGAAGACCCAAACCUGCUGGAGAAGUGCGAGCGCAUACGACAAGUUCUGCAACUGCUGUCCUGA